AUGGUUCAAUCCUCCGUUCUCGGUUUCCCCCGUAUGGGACGCCUGCGUGACCUCAAGAAGGCCACCGAGGCGUACUGGGGUGACAAGAUCUCUCGCGAUGAGCUCCUCGCCGAGGGUAAGAGACUCCGUAGCGAGCACUGGAAGAUCCAGAAGGAUGCCGGUGUCGAUGUCAUCCCCAGCAACGACUUUGCCUUCUACGAUCAGGUUCUCGACCACAUCCAGCUCUUCGGUGUCAUCCCCGAGCGCUACAGCAAGUAUGGUCUCCACCCCGUGGACGAGUACUUCGCCAUGGGCCGUGGUCUCCAGAAGCCCGCCAAGGAUGGCCAGGAGGCCAUCGACGUUCCCUCUUUGGAAAUGGUCAAGUGGUUCGACUCGAACUACCACUACGUCAAGCCCACCCUCCAGGACACCCAGACUUUCAAGCUGAACGCCGACCCUAAGCCCGUCCGCGAGUUCCUCGAGGCCAAGGAGGCUGGCGUCGUCACCCGCCCCGUCAUCCUGGGUCCCGUCUCUUUCCUGACCCUCGCCAAGGCCGACCGUGGCCAGACUCUGGACCCCAUCUCCAAGAUCGAUGCCCUGCUCCCCGCCUACGUGGAGCUCCUGACCAAGCUCAAGGAGGCCGGUGCCACCGAUGUCCAGAUCGAUGAGCCCGUCCUGGUCUUUGACCUCCCCGAGAAGUCCAAGGCUGCCUUCAAGCCCGCCUAUGAGAAGCUGGGCUCCCUGGGUGCUUCCGCCCCCCGCCUGCUCCUCGCCACCUACUUCGGUGACAUCGUCCACAACAUCGAGGUUCUCCCCGCCCUGCACAGCCUCCACGGCAUCCACGUCGACCUGGUCCGCCACCCCGAGCAGCUCGACACCAUCGUUGGUGCCCUCGGCCCCAACCAGGUCCUCUCCGCCGGUGUCGUUGACGGCCGUAACAUCUGGAAGACCAACUUCAAGGCCGCCAUCGAGAAGGUCGAGCUGGCCAUCCAGAAGCUCGGCAAGGACCGUGUCAUCGUUGCCACCUCCAGCUCUCUGCUGCACGUCCCCCACACUCUCGCCAGCGAGAAGACCCUCGACGCCGAGGUCCGUGACUGGUUCAGCUUCGCCGUCGAGAAGACCGCCGAGGUCGUCGUCAUCGCCAAGGCCGUCACCGAGGGCCCCGCCGCCGUCAAGGAGCAGCUCGAGGCCAACGCCGCCUCCGUCCAGUCGCGUGCCUCCUCCAAGCGCACCAACGACCCCCAGGUGAAGGAGCGCCAGGCCGCCGUCUCCGACGCCAUGCACAACCGCAAGUCCGAGUUCACCACCCGUAUCGCCGAGCAGAGCAAGUCCAUCAACCUGCCCCUCUUCCCCACCACCACCAUCGGCUCCUUCCCCCAGACCAAGGAGAUCCGUAUCCAGCGUAACAAGUUCACCAAGGGCGAGAUCACCCCCGCCGAGUACGAGCAGUUCAUCGAGAAGGAGAUCCGCGAGGUCGUCAAGAUCCAGGAGGAGCUCGACCUCGACGUGCUCGUCCACGGUGAGCCCGAGCGUAACGACAUGGUGCAGUACUUCGGUGAGCGCCUGACCGGCUACGUCUUCACCACCCACGCCUGGGUCCAGAGCUACGGCUCCCGCUGCGUGCGUCCCCCCAUCAUCGUCGGUGACAUCUCCCGUCCCGCCCCCAUGACCGUCAAGGAGUCCAAGUACGCCGUCUCGGUCGCCAACAAGCCCAUGAAGGGCAUGCUCACGGGCCCCAUCACCUGUCUGCGCUGGUCGUUCCCCCGUGACGACGUGCACCAGUCCGUCCAGGCCCAGCAGCUGGCCCUGGCCCUCCGCGACGAGGUCGUCGACCUCGAGGCCGCCGGCAUCAAGGUCAUCCAGGUCGACGAGCCCGCCCUCCGCGAGGGUCUGCCCCUGCGCGCCGGCACCGAGCGCGAGAAGUACCUGCAGUGGGCCGUCAAGGCCUUCCGCCUGGCCACCGCCGGCGUCACCGACGGCACCCAGAUCCACUCCCACUUCUGCUACUCCGAGUUCCAGGACUUCUUCCACGCCAUCGCCGCCCUGGACGCCGACGUGCUCUCCAUCGAGAACAGCAAGUCGGACGCCAAGCUCCUCAAGGUCUUCAUCGACGAGGCCUACCCCCGCCACAUCGGCCCCGGUGUGUACGACAUCCACUCGCCCCGUGUCCCCAGCGAGCAGGAGAUCAAGGACCGCCUCGAUGAGAUGCUCCAGUACCUGCGCCCCGACCAGCUCUGGGUCAACCCCGACUGCGGUCUGAAGACGCGCCAGUGGCCCGAGACCAAGGCCGCCCUGACCAACAUGGUCAACGCGGCCAAGGCCUUCCGCCAGAAGUAUGCCAAAUAA